AUGAGCCGUGACCCAGUGCCCUCGUCUUUUGACGACAACCCUCUAUUCACCGAAGAGACCGGUGUCCAGAAAUUCACCCGACGCCUCAAAGAAGAACCGCUGGUCCCACUAGGAUGCGCCGCAACAUGCUACGCACUCUACCGGGCAUACCGAUCCAUGAAAUCCGGCGACUCCGUUGAGAUGAACCGGAUGUUCCGCGCCCGUAUCUACGCCCAAGCCUUCACACUCGUCGCACUGGUCGCAGGAGGAAUGUAUUUCAAGACAGAACGCCAACAGCGCCGAGAAUUCGAUCAAGCAGUGGAACUCCGGAAGAAGCAAGAGAAGCGCGACGCGUGGUUGCGCGAGCUGGAGGUUCGUGAUAAGGAAGAUCGCGAAUGGAGGGAACGUCACGCUGCUAUUGAAGCAGCUGCCAAGGAGGCAGGUACCAAGUCGCACGAUGGGCCUGAUGUCGCUCGUUCGUCGAUUGAGCCGGCGGAUGAGAAGUCUGUUGGUGUUUUGGAUGCUGUUAAGGCCCUGGUGUCCGGGAACUGA